AUGCCAUUUCAAACACUAUUGGAGAUCAACUCCAGCAAUUGGUUCAACGUGUCACAGACGUUCUUUCUAGAAAUCAUCUUUGGAAGAGGUGCAUACCAAGCAUGUGUAAAGUUCAAUCAAUGGGAAGAUACACCUACCAACAUUGGCAAUGAUGAUUAUGUGGAGGGUACUCCAGGCUUGGUCAAAAACAACACCAAUGCUUGGUACAAGUUGCAAUUGAAUCUUCCCAAUGAGGUGUCUACUCGCCAUCGCUUUUGUAUAGGUCGAUUCUCAUCAUCUUCUUCAUAG